CCUAUUUUAAUCAACACACUUCCAAUUCUAAAAAUCCAAUCUUUCUCUCUUUUUCCAAGCUUUUCUACAAAAACACAAACACCCACUUCACUAAACACCUCUAAGUACACUCCCAUGUGUUUAUAUUUGUGUAUGCAUUCAUGAGUUAGGCUAAUGGGGUGUUGUAUUUCUCAGCUAGCUGCAAAGUUUGCAUUUUUUCCUCCUUCUCCAGCUACUUAUCAGGUCAAGAAACGAGAUGAUGGCAAGCUUGUAGCUGUCUCAACGACGUCGUCUUUGCCUUUGCCUUAUAGUGAUGAUGGGUCACUUGAUGUUUUGUUGCUUGAUACUAAGAGGGGUAACAAGAUUGUAGCUUUUUACUUGAGGAACCCAUAUGCAAGACUCACUGUUCUUUACUCUCAUGGAAAUGCUGCUGAUCUUGGUCAACUUUAUGAUCUGUUUGUUCAACUUAAGGCUAAUCUUGGAGUUAAUCUUAUUGGAUAUGAUUAUUCUGGGUAUGGAGCUUCUUCUGGGAAGCCAAGCGAGCAUAAUACGUACGCAGACAUAGAAGCAGUGUAUGAGUGUCUUGAGACUCAGUAUGGAGUUAGUCAGGAAGAUAUAAUUUUAUAUGGGCAGUCAGUUGGAAGUGGACCGACUCUGCAUUUGGCAGCUCGACUUCCAAGAUUGAGAGGUGUAGUUCUGCAUAGUGCUAUACUUUCUGGUCUUCGCGUACUCUGCCAUGUAAAGUUCACACUUUGCUUCGACAUCUACAGGAAUAUAAACAAAAUCCGAAAAGUGAAGUCCCCCGUGCUAGUGAUACAUGGUACUGAAGAUGAUGUAGUAAGUUGGUUGCACGGUGAUGGACUAUGGAAAAUGUCUAGGGACCCUUACGAGCCCUUGUGGAUUAAAGGUGGUGGUCACUGCAACUUGGAGCUCUACCCAGAUUACAUUCGCCAUCUGUGCAGGUUUGUCCAAGACAUGGAAAACAAAUACUCAGAUCCGCCUUAAAAAGAUCCGGCAGACCCUCCGUCUACCAAAAGGACCAAAGGCUACUACUGCCAAAUCUAGCUUAAAAUGCUGCUGUGGAAUCGAAUUACGGUGGCCCAAUUGUCUUAGAUGUUCCGCACCUAGCUGUCUUCCUUGUUCAAA